UUAAAAUACGUUAGCAUAACCGGAUUUUUCGCCUCUUUUGCGGUAUCGAUAAAAUGUCACCAUUUUGUUUUAAACAGAAAACUGCAAAAUAGCUUGCAGCACAGUGUGAACGCGACUUUCAAGCAACGGUGCUCAAUUCAGAAUUCACACAAUUAAAUUCAAAGAGUUCAUGUGUGAAUACAUAUAGAACACGACGUAACAUACGUGGAGAACUGUAACUGUAAUGUUAAUAACACAGGGCCGACUCUAGGACAAAUUAUAUGCAGUUUUAAGGGUGGUCAGAUUUAGAGGGUACCAAUUUUUCAAAUUGUUAGGAGACGAGAACAGCGAGAAUUUCUUUUAAUCAAUUUCUAAAGAUAAAUCGCAAAAUUUUUAUAAAAUUGUUGUUUGACGAGUUAAUCAUGUUACAUCACACUCUGUAAAUAUGUCUGAGUACGAAUUUGUGUAAAUAAUUGAAAUAUAAAAUUUUCAGUCUCGCAAAAGGAGGUUAGAAAAGGACUUUUGCAUGUUUCGCCCCUCCGCCGCCACUAGUAACUUUUCCAGAGCCGCCCCUGCAUGACGAUUCCUUGGGCGGUCAUUGUAUGGCACGUAUAUAUCCGCCAAACGCUUGCAAACGUGCUAAUACGCUAAAAAGUUGAAUAAACGUACGGACUGAUGCAACGAACGAAUUGUUGGAAAUUCCGUUGUGCGAUCGUGGGGACGUGGAGCCACGGAUUGAGUGUCGCUGGUAUGGAUCGCGGUGUGGUGAAACAGGUGCACUGUUGGAAAAUGACCAAUCGCAGUCGCGAUGGACAGUUGGUCGUGUCGGUUUGCGGAACGGUCGUCAUCGCGCGUACGUCAUCGGACCGGAGGGGGGAAAAAGAGGAAAAUACGAAGCGGCCGAGGGUUGUCAAGACACCUCGCCCAACAAAAACUAGAUGCAGAUGCGACCGGGCGGCGAACACGUGCGACGAUUUUUUUUGUAGCGGGCGCGCGAACACGCGGGUGCAAUGUUUAAAAAGACAUCGCAGAUCAACGCCCUCGAGGACAUUUCCAAUUGGACUACCAGCGACGUGUUGUGCCUGCUACAAAAGAACGGUUUGGAAGAAUGUUGCAAAGCUAUCACGAAGCGACAAAUCGACGGCAGCGAGCUACUGCAAUUGACGGAAGGGCAGCUGGCGCUGUGGAAGAGUGACCUCACGCGUCCGUUGAUAUGGAGCCUGUGGGCGUUCAUAGAAGAGUUAAAGAGAUCGCCGGAGAAAUUCGUGGAGGAGAAGAUGCCGGAACCGCAGAGCCACGAGGAUCACUUCAGCGACACCGGUUCCUGGGGCACCGAUUUCGAGGACGAGACCAACGACGACACAGCCUUGCCGGAGGUUCAAAAAGAACAAUUUAAUCCUGGGUUCAGAGGCAGCCAGAAGGUACCGCUGGACGGUGCAGAGUCCAAACGAAAGGAGUCCCGGAAAGAUGCUGCCACCAGGCGGGAAGAGGAAGGAACCUACGCCAAUUGUGGCUCCAUACAAGACGACGAGAACACCUACGCCAAUUGCCAGGAAUUGAAGACCAAACCCACGAAGAACGUUUCCAGGUUGCACAGCCAGUUCGAGAAGUCGUUGGCAGAGCAGCUCAAGGAGCAACUGCAACUGAGGAACACCAAGAAACCCAUGAUCGUACCGAAACCAGAAUCCUUGCAAGCGAGACGGAAAGAGUUCCCGUCCUCGGAUAGCAAUCAUCCGCAGAAAUCGUUUCUGUACUCGAAGCCGAAACCGAAUGUUCCUAGUCAAAUGAAAAAAAGAAUGGCCGUACCCCCGCCACCGGAGCCAAAGAGACCCAGAGAUCAGUCGAUGAUCAUCGAGAGACCCAGCAAGGAUCAAGGGAAGCCUUCUAGCACCUUGAGGAGCCUCGACCUCGUCGCUAAUUUGCCCGCGCGAACGGAGGAAAGUGAGGACGAAUACGAGUCGUUCGACGAGCAGAUCAUCGAGCUGAAUCAGAAGAGGAGCAUGCUGAGGACGACCAGCAAGCUGUCGCUGGCCAGUGGCCAUCAGAGUUCCGCGGAAAGCGUUUAUCAACCGCCGAGUGUCACGAGUUUGGAGGAGGACGAGCUACAGUAUGAGAUCUACGAGUCGAUCACGGAGACACCGGAUGACAACGGAUACUACUUGAGCCCCAUUCAAAGGACACCGAAUACAGUCCCGCCGCCAUUACUGCCAGCGAAACCUGCUCAGUUGUCGGCUAGUUCCUCCUCGACUUCAAGCUGGUCGAGCUUGGAGAAGACAAAGGAACGAUCCCCCGAGAAGAAAUCGGCUACACUGCCUCAUUCCAACAGUAACACUUCGCUGUUGUCGGAAAGAGCCACUAGACCGCUGCCACCGCCACCUGAGAGACACUCCUACGUAGACAAACCUUGGUUCCACAACGUCACCAGGGAGCAGGCGACGGCUCUUAUCAAAGAACAAAGUACUUAUGGCAACCCGCAAAAUGGAUACUUCCUCCUGAGACCAUCCACAUCGAACGCGAACAAUCCACUGGCAUUGGUCCUCUGGUACAACGACAGAGUUUACAACGUUCCAGUCCGGAAGAGACGCGAUAACAGAUACGCAUUGGGCUCAGCGAAAACGAAGGAGCAAUCGUUCUCGAGCGUGGAGGAAAUCGUGGUGUUUUACACGAGGGAGGAACUGGUGCUCCACAGCAAUGGCGUACAAAUGGGAAGCACAAAGUUAACCGACACACCGCCCAAGUAAAGUUUUCGGAGGCUUUAUGCAACAGAACAAAGAGAAGCGCUUUUCUACGCUAAAAGUAUCGCACUGUAAUACUUAAAACGAAUCUGUGCAAUGCAAACGCUGCCUGCCCGAAAAUUCUAAAUGAGAUUCAACCUCGAGGAAUAUGCAUGUAUUUAUUUCAGAAGUGCCUUUCUAUCUGUAAAAAGUUCAAACGCCGUGGGUGAACGUAAAAUCAACACUUUAACGCCUAAUAAUUUUGGCCAACCAUCGAUCUUCAGGGUCGUGAAAUUGUAUCGUUAAAUAAAG